GUGGCCCAGCACGCAAGUAGUUUACUGCUUGUUCCUACUUGAACGUGUCAAAUGGAGCUGGUGGCAGAGCUCAAUGCGACAUUCUCUGCUAUACAAGUUACAAAAAGAUGAAAUGGGUAACCUAGCAGUGUUUUGCAUCUUCUGGGCGGCUUUCACAGGUUUGACCGCAGGAUCCGGCGUGUUGCCCGACGGGCCUCUGACCGCAGCCGUGGGAGGCUCUGUGACGUUUAACACCACAGUGGCGGCCACGCCGAUACCGUUCCCGACGGUGAUCUGGACGUUUAUCGAGGGCAGCAAUGAAAUACCCGUGAUAACGGCCACGUCUCAAAACAAAACUGGCCACGGAUACCAAGGCAGGAUCACUCUCUUCAUACAGACUGGGUCCCUGGAGCUCAGCAAGCUGGCUCUCAAUGACAGCGGAAAAUACAGUCUUGUCAUCGUAACAGCGAGCGGCGACCAAAUCACGGGAUCCACCACACUGCAGACGCUUGAGCCAGUGUCCAAUGUCAUGUUGACGGUCAACAGCACAGACUUGCUGGAGUUCAACAGCACUCUUCGUCUGUCCUGCUCUUCGUUGGGAUCGUCCGUCUCCUUCCAUUGGCUGAACGACAGCGCCGAGAUCUCGGCCGACGACAGAGUUCAGCUUACCGACGAAGGCGCCGCACUCACCAUCGCUCCCGUGACCCGCUACGACCAGAGGUCGUUCCGAUGUCGCGUGUCCAACGCCGUCAGUGAAGAUGACAGCAAUUCGGUGCAUCUUUCCGUCAGCUACGGCCCGGAUGAUACACAUCUCGUUAUGUCGCCACGGAAAGAAUACGUCGCAGAAGGGUCGAAUGUCGAUCUUUCCUGCUCGGCCAACUCCAGGCCAGUCGCCACCUUUACCUGGUUUGUGAACGGGAAGCUGUUGGUCAGGGGAUCAAAUUUCUCACUGGUGAACGUCCAGCAGCAUCACAGUGGAAAUUACAGCUGCCAGUCCUUUAACACCAAGACUCUGAGACACAAAGAAUCUCAGCAAUGGCCGAUUCAUGUGCUAAAGAAAAUUUCCGGUGCCUCUGUCACACUGUCAACGAGUCGCCCAGUUGAGGGAACUGAGCUGAAUAUGACCUGCGACGCCGCUGGGUCAGUCUUCUUCAGAGAGUGGAGCAAGGGUGGCUCGACGCUGAUCCCAGAUGAGCGUGUGACGCUCCACGACAAGAACAGGACAGUGUCCUUCCGUACCGCCGUCAGAUCGGAUAGCGCUUCAUAUUCCUGUCAGAUUAUAAACCCCAUCGACGAGGAGGAAGUGGCGUUGGGCGUGCUUGUGAACUAUGGGCCUGACCCUGUCCAAAUCACGGGACCGAGCCAAAUCAUCGUGAAAGAGACUUUAACCUUAAGCUGCGCCGCGGUGUCCGUCCCAGCCGCCACCUACAUGUGGACAGCACUGAACAGCACAGCAGUGCUACAUAAUUCUUCAACCUUUGUCAAAUACAACAUCAACUUUUCCGACAGUGGAAGCUACGUUUGUAGCGCCACCAACGGUAUUACUGGCAAAAGCAUGUCGGCUAGCCACAGGUUGGAUGUGACAGAUGGAACAGAUACGGCGUGUUCGGCUGGUUGCAUCGCCGGCAUUGUGCUGGCGUGUUUAGUCAUCUGCGCAGCAGUCGCUGGGGGCGCCUACGCCUUCUACAUUCAACGGAACAAGACAAAGAAUCGCCCCGACAGAGACAUCUCGAACAGGACAGGAGGAAUAGGCCAAGACAACACAGAAGAACCCCGAAAUCAGGAGUUAAACUAUGCCGACGUGACUAGCCUGCACGCAAAGGGUGGCGGCAAAGGUCAGUUGGAGCUCCAGGCAGGUCAGACCGAAUACGCUGAGGUCCGAGUGAACAACGCGCCUCCUUCCUACGACACCCACGUACGGUGGAUGAAGAGGCGAGCCCCUCAGCCACUAGAAGCCCACCCUCAGGUUCACAGCAACGAGUCAUGUCAUGAAAGUGGGGAGCACUCAACAGUGUGACGUAUGCUCACACUUCCUUCAUGGCACGCUAAUAAUGCCGAGUGUUUGCGUAGUCAUUGUGUGUGUGUGUGUGUACGCGCGUGUGUGUGUGUGCUUGCGUGCGUGUGUGUUAAUCAUUCAUCCGUUGACUGAGAGUCACAAAAACACAACGAUGCCUGAUUAGAUGUAUCGACUUGAUUAGAUUUGUCUACACAAGCGCAAAUUGGCCAACUAUGGCACACGGGCAGUCUUGGCAUUUCUGUAAUGCCCCCCCCCCCCCUCCCCAAGUUUAUGAAUGUAUUCAUGUGACCAAAGUGAAUGUUUAAAUAUUGUUUGAAAGACUUCAAAAGUGUAACGUGGACUAAGAGCGUCAUGUGAACGUCUCUCAAAGGGGCAAAUAAAUAGUUCUUCUUGUGGGAUGCUUCCAUAAACAUAUUUCUUUUUUUAUAAUCUUCACAUUGUUUAAAAGUCGGAAAUGUUAUCUACUGAGGAACCUAUAUACUAUGUCCUUCAAAUACUGCAGGUGCAACACAAGACGAGCAGAAACUUGAUAUCAUCCUAUAAGGAGCUGACCUAUAGAAAUUGUUUGAACUGCAAUGUCAGUGGAUGUUUGACAAGAAAGUCGCCUGACCUCUUAUUGUGGCCAUGUGUUCAGGCAAGAUGACGUCUUGUCUCCCCCGUCGUUCUCCUUUCACUUCGCCAACUUUUUCAUUUGUCACUGCGGCACAAUAAUUUAAAAAAACUGCGCUACACAAACUAAGAUAGAAUUUUAUCGUCGAAUUUUGGCGGGUUCUGACAUUUUGGGGUUAACAAGACCACGGGACUAUUUCAAGGAACGUUAUUAGUUAAUCACCGUGAUUUAAUCUGAUGAGUCCACCAACAUUUAGGGGAAAAUACCGAUUUGUUUGUUUACCAUGCAAACUGAUAACAAUUACGUUCAGGUACUCUUGGUACUACUAACCUUUAUAAACAGAAUGUGGCGAAACUAUAGGCGACCCUCCCACCAAGUACACAAGGAACAAGUAUAUCUCGAAUUCCAAGAUAUUUUACAGCAGAAGAAUUGUUGCAAUAAAUCCAAAGUGCAAAGUACAAACAUUCCAAUGACAGCAUUGCAAAGAUGAACCAGAAAAAA